GUAGCCUUAGUCCCAAUACCAAAUUGAGGUGGUUUUUGUUGGAUGCCAUGGAUAUGUUGUUCUGUUCUGUUCUGUAAAGGCAAAACGGUCAAAACAGUUUAAAGGGCAAUUCAACUUUCAACUCUUUCCCCUUUCCUGGCGUAGAGGGUUGUCUCUUUUUUUAUGUCCAAAAGCACUUAUUGUUUCCUUGGUUUCUUCCUUCUUUCUUCUUGUAACACCCGUUUCUGAUUCUCUUUGUUUUGGUGGGUUCGGCUCAAAACCUCAACUUUGAUCUACAAUUUUCAUCUUUUUUCUCUCCCAUAAGACUUUGAGUUUUGUAAAAAGAAAGAUGGCUUAUAACUACCAAGGUAACUUCAAUAAUAAAAUCGAUUAUGUGUUCAAAAUAGUGUUGAUUGGAGACUCAGCUGUUGGCAAGACUCAGCUUCUGGCUCGUUUUGCAAGAGAUGAAUUCAGUUUAGAUUCAAAGGCCACGAUUGGUGUUGAGUUUCAGACUAAAACUCUUGUUAUUGAUCACAAAAAUGUCAAGGCUCAGAUUUGGGACACUGCUGGUCAAGAACGGUAUCGUGCUGUUACAAGUGCUUACUACAGAGGUGCAGUGGGGGCAAUGCUGGUCUAUGACAUAAGUAAGCGUCAGUCAUUUGAUCAUAUAGCCAAAUGGUUGGAGGAACUGCGGGGAUAUGCAGAUAAAAAUAUUGUGAUCAUGCUUGUAGGCAACAAGUCUGAUCUGGGGACCCUUCGAGCUGUAGCUACUGAAGAUGCAAAAGAGUUUGCUGAAAGGGAAAGCCUGUUCUUUAUGGAGACAUCAGCUCUUGAGUCAACUAAUGUUGAAUCAGCUUUUCUCACUGUCUUGACUGAGAUUUAUCGAAUUGUUUCCAAAAAGUCUCUUGUUGCCAAUGAUGAACCUGAAUCUGGUGGCAGUUCAUCGCUUCUCACCGGUACCAAUAUUGUUGUCACUGGUCAGGAGCCAGAGUCUGGGGGAAGGAGUUUCAACUGUUGCACAUCAUCAUAGGAUAUUCUCUUCCGCUGUUUAUAGCUUGUGGAAAUUUUUACCUUCAUUCCAUAUAUUACCCUCUUUCCCAUUUACAUAAAAAUUCCAAUGUCAUGUGAUGUGAGGAAUUUUAGGAGAAGCAAACUUUUUUGUAAAACAAAACUUUCUCACCAUUUAUGCAGUGUUCAGUGGUGGAAAUACACAGGCUCCCUGUAUACAUGUGAUCCAGUCGGUUGGCAGCAUUUCCUCCAUUAUAUGAACUUUGAUUCAGACAGAAUAGCUUGUGCGAUAAAUUUGACAACUUAUAUGAUCAUUUGUACUAUUGUUUGCA